AUGACUUCUUUGGAUUUCAGUGCUUUACACGAGAAAAGCACAAUCUUUUCCGUUGCAAAUCGAGCGUUGAGGCUCACUUCUGCAGAAGAUAUCGAACCUAUUUUGAAAGACUUGACAAAACUUCCUAAGGUCACUAAACUCGACUUUUCUGGUAAUACAAUUGGCGUGGAAGCUUCAAAAGCGCUGGCAAAAAGUAUCAUUGAAAACUCAGGAAUCGCAGCCAACUUAAUUGAAAUAAAUUUCGCGGAUUUGUACACUUCUCGUCUAGUCGAUGAAGUCGUGGAAUCUCUGAACAUUUUUGUCCCAGUAUGGCUUUCAUGUCCUCAAUUGAGCAUCGUAAACCUUUCCGAUAACGCCUUUGGUCUCAGAACUAUCGAUUCCUUGGAAUCGUACAUUUCCCAAGCAGCUCAAUUGCAGCAUUUGAUUCUAUCCAACAAUGGUAUGGGUCCAUUUGCUGGGGAAAGAAUUGGUAAAGCUCUUUUCAAACUAGCCCAAUUGAAACAAUCAAAGGGUAAACCAUUUUUGGAAACUUUCAUUUGCGGCAGAAAUAGGCUCGAAAAUGGGUCCGCGACAUACUUGGCUCUGGGGCUCAAGGCGCACGGAUCUGGCUUGAAAACCGUCAGACUUUAUCAAAACGGUAUCAGACCACAAGGUGUUGCAGUUCUUAUCAAGCAUGGGCUUGGAAACAACAAAAACCUUCAAGUUUUUGAUUUGCAGGAUAAUACUUUCACCACCAGCGCCUCUUUGAUCUUGGCCGACAUUUUACCUGUAUGGAGUGAGUCUCUGGUCGAACUAAAUGUAAACGACUGUCUGCUCAAGGGUCCUGGCGCUGACGCUGUGGUUCAGGUCCUAAACGAGCACAAAUUUGUUAAUCUGCACUCGUUGAAAAUGCAAUACAACGAACUCACUCAGGAUACAUUGAUUUCCUAUUUGAUUCCAGCAGUACAAUCUGCAAACCUGCCUGCUCUGAAGCUGUUGGAGCUUAAUGGUAAUAGAUUAGAGGGAGAUUCUGAUGCUUUGACAGAAUUGGAAGAAUCAUUUGACGGUAAGCUUGACGAACUCGAUGAUCUGGAAGAACUGGAUAGCGAAGAUGAGGAAGAAGAUGAGAGCGAAGAAGAAAGUGAAGAUGUCAUGACUGCAGCUGAUUUCGACGCCGUUGAAAAAGCUUUCACUGAGCUGCAAGUCGACGAAGUGACAGCGGAGCUGGCGCAGGCAUCUAUCUAG